ACUACCCGCGCUGGAUGCUAGCGGUCAGGCCGCUGGCCAAGUGCAAUGCAGGUUCAAGAAGACGGAAAUUAGAUUGUACCUUUGGACGCACGAGCGGCACUCCCAUUCGGGGAGGAAAGGAAGUGAAAGUGGCCUCUUCCAGGGCCAUCCCAGGGAGGGAACACAGCACCGACCCACAGGUGCGCAGGUCAGCGGGGUCUCACCACGCCAGCACCCCGCCGCCCCAAACAAGACCCGGAUGUGCUCCCCACAAACGCUGCAGAUGACUACGCUGUGACCCGCACCCUGGGCCUCGGGGACUGCUCAGCAGGAGUUGAGUCAGCGAGGGCCACGGGCCUUCCCAGCGGUUGAAGGGGCAUCGACUUUUCCGGCCACGCGCCCACCAGCAGACGUCGGUCACCUGAGUGUCAAACACCUUCUGACACUAACCUCCAAGCUGAAAGCCCGUCAGACCCUCUGUCAUCCGCUAAGGAAACAGUACAAACUGUGAGGAAGGCCACUGGACUGAGAAACAUUCUCUGCACGACUGUGGCUUGAAACCGUUGACAUUUUGACGAUUCUGUACGUUUUACGAUUUAAGAAGCGGUUUCUUCAUGAUUAUCGACAUUUGCCGAGUCCCUGGUUUCCCUUUGAACUUCUUCUUCCUUAAGGGAGCCAGUGUGGGAUCUCGGCCGUGGCUGCCUGGCCGGGGCCUCACUUUGGUGCUGUAGUCGAGGGUCUGGGGAGGCCCUCUCAGGCCCCAGGGCUGCCGGCCGGCAGUUAGCGUGGAGCAAACAGCCUCACCUCGGAGUCUAAAGCGAUUCCUACGGCUGCGAUGUUCAUUCACCAAACCACACCCGGAAUUUGUCCCGAGCGGACUUCUCACAUUCACCGCCAAACUUCUCGGACUGGAGCGUCGUAUAUAGAAAAUGCAUCCCUGCAGGCCGCAUUUCUUGCUUUCACGCGGCUCACCGUGUCGGUGCAGGAACCGAUGAACAUCAGCGACGUCUUCGGUCUGAGUGAGGAUUACUUCGGGUCGGGUAAUAAUAGCUCGGAUUACUCACUUGAUGACAACACGUUACUGUGCUCCCUGCAGGAGGUCAGAACGUUCUCUGGGCUGUUUGUGCCCAUCGCUUACUCCCUGAUCUGCGUCUUUGGCCUCCUGGGCAAUGUUUUGGUGGUGGUCACCUUUGCCUUCUACAAGAAAGCCAAGUCUAUGACAGACGUGUACCUCUUGAACAUGGCCAUCGCCGACAUACUUUUUGUCCUCACCCUCCCGUUCUGGGCCGUCAGCCACGCCACCGGCGAGUGGAUCUUCAGCAACGCCACGUGCAAGCUGAUAAAGGGCAUCUACGCCAUCAACUUCAACUGCGGGAUGCUGCUCCUGACCUGCGUCAGCAUGGACCGCUACAUUGCCAUCGUCCAGGCCACCAAGUCCUUCAGGCUGCGGUCCAGGACGCUGGCGCACCGCAGGGCCAUCUGCCUCGUGGUCUGGGUGGCUUCCGUCCUCAUCUCCGGCUGGACGUUCACGUUCAACCAGAAGUACGACGUGCACGGCAGCUACGUGUGCGAGCCCCGGUACCAGGCGGUCUCGGACCCCAUCAGGUGGAAGCUGCUGAUGCUGGGGCUCCAGCUCCUCUUCGGCUUCUUCAUCCCGCUGGUGUUUAUGAUGUUUUGCUACACGUUCAUCGUCAAAACCCUGGUGCAGGCUCAGAACUCCAAGCGGCACAAGGCCAUCCGCGUGAUCAUCGCGGUGGUGCUGGCGUUCCUGGCUUGCCAGAUUCCCCACAACAUGGUGCUCCUGGUGACGGCCGCGCAGCUGGGCAGGAUGAACCGCUCCUGCCAGGGCGCCAGGCUGCUGGGCUACAGCCAGAACGUCACCGAGGUCCUGGCCUUCCUGCACUGCUGUCUCAACCCCGUGCUCUACGCCUUCAUCGGCCAGAAGUUUCGGAGCUACUUCCUGAAGAUCGUGAAGGACCUGUGGUGUGUGCGGAGGAAGCAGAAGGUGUCGGGCUUCUCCUGCUCCAGGCUGCACUCGGAGGCCUUCACCUCCAGGCAGAACAGCGAGACCGCGGACAACGACAACGCGUCGUCCUUCACCAUGUGACCGGCCCGGGGCUGCGGCCCGGCGGCUCGGGGAACGUGCACUUGGACCGGGACCCCGUCCCCCCGUGGGACCGGCCGCGGGGGUCUCAUCCUGACGGGGCUGCCGGGGCCCCCACGUGGCGUGUCCCCACUUUUCUUCCCCGCAGCCCCGAGCCCCCCGGGGCUCCCCACGGCUGGCGUUCCCCAAAACAGAGAGGACUCUUGGCAGACGUGGACGUUUUCGGAAGCGGGCGCGGAACCGCCCCUAGAGCACGGUGUCUCCUGGUCACUUCACACACGUGCAGGGUUUGCAGAGAACGUCACACGAGAGCCUCACACGAGGCAGCGCAGGCAGGCGCCGAAACGCGUUCCCCGGGCUGGAGAAGCGGCCUGGGGGACGGGAGAGAGCGGGUCGCAACGCGCCGUCGGGAGAGCAGACGUUUGCUUUAUUUCCCUGGGAAAACGGUCACUGCAGAUACGACAGUUCUCCUCCAAAAAUCUGUUCGACAGAGUUCCACAAAGACGCAUGCCAUCGGCACACUUUCAGCCCACGGAGGGGCUUAAUAAAUACUUGUUACGCAAAGCGUAGUGAAAUUGGGGGUUGGAGUACAGUCGGGAGUGUUAGGUGUUUAAAUCUGAGUUUUAGAAUGGAGCAAGGAAGCUUCCUGAGACAGUACACAGACAACUUUUGCUGCGCGUCCACAGCGGGUCAGAAGCGGCACACACACGGGGGGGAUUUGGGUAGGAAGCGCUUUACACUGGUGGCGAACAGGGAGGGAGAGAGAGAGAGAGAGAGAGAGAGAAUCUUAACCAGGCUCCACCGUCAGUGCAGAGCCUGAUGCGGGGCUCGAUCCCGCGAACUGUGAGAUCAUGACCUGAGCUGAAACCAAGAGUUGGACGCGUAACCGACUGAGCCGCCCAGGCGCCCCAGUCAUGGAACCAGACUUUAACAGCGCUCCUCAACUUUGCAGACAAAGUUCCUAGACCGCAAGUUUUGAAAGUGCUUUGUAAAUAUAUGAACGCGAGUGGAAGAAGGACGAAUAUUACAAAAAUGCAGGUAGUGUUACAAAGACGCUGACGUGUUUAAUCCUGACUCACGUGUUAUUUGAAACUUUCUACUGUUCUUGCAAGCUUCAACCGCACCUUUCUAUGAAAUUCGAAGUGAUAGCUUAGGAUCCAACGUCUGCAUGUUUACAGAUAGUUUUGGCUUUGCAAAAUAAAACUGUUUUGCAAGGGAAGUAAGAUUCGUCUUCCAGAAUCGGUGUUCUGACUUGGGAGACUGUGGUGUGCAGAGGUCCCACCUCCUUCGAACCUGUCAGCGUUCGACUCCAGAAAUCAAAGCACGGGGACAUUACUCAGAUGCCCCUCUCAGGACGGCCGAUGCGCCGAGCGGGUCUCCGCAGCUCGGCGUGUGUCCCCGGCUGGCACAGAAGCACCGUGUCUGCUGGGCACAGCCGGAAUAAGUUCUUGUGUGUAAUUUUUCAGAUAAGUGAAGCUUACUUCUUUAUGCAUUAGCCCGUUUAAAACUUCAGCCAUAAUGAAUAAAAACGUUUCUAAAAUAUGACACAUACUUUAUUUCAUUACAUAUCGUUGUUUCUUGCUGCCUUGGGCACACCCAUAAGUGUUCGGUGCCGAAAUGCACUGCCACCCUCAGGGGACCCAGAGCUACACGGAU